UUGACAAAGCAGAUUCAUUAUUUGCCAGUGACAAUUGGAACAAGGGUAGUCCACUCCACAAAUAUGUCUAAUGCAGGAAAGGAAGUCUGUAAAGACAGCGCUGCCAAAGGCGGUAAUAUAACAACGGACCGGGCAGAACAUGCUGCAAACCUCACAGAGCCUGAUGCCAUCAUCCAAAGCAGUUUUUCUUUGGAUCCCGUUGAGGAAUAUAAAAUGGACAAUAAACGGCGAGGCCUAGCGCUCAUCUUUAAUCAAGAGCGCUUCUUUUGGCGCCUGGGAAUGAAUGAUCGGCAUGGGACCAACGCGGACCGCUUCAACCUGGAAAGAAGAUUUAAAGAGUUGAACUUUGAGGUGCACGCCCAUGACAACCUGAGACAGGAGGAAGUUUUAAAUAAGAUCAGGGAAGCGGCAGAGGCUGACCAUGCAGAUGCAGAUUGCUUUGUGUGUGUCUUCCUGAGCCAUGGAGAAAAUGACCGUGUUUAUGCCUACGACGGGAAGAUCAGCAUCCAGGAUAUCACGGCCCUCUUCAAAGGAGACAAGUGCCGGAGCCUUGUGGGAAAGCCGAAGAUCUUUGUACUACAGGCAUGCCGUGGGGACAAGCAUGAUGAGGCGGUGACCCCCAUGGAUGUUGUGGACAGUGAGGCAAAAACUAAUGAGGUGGUGGUAGAUGCUGGGGUUGUCUACACCCUCCCCGCUGGGGCAGACUUCAUUAUGUGCUACUCUGUGGCCGAAGGUUACUACUCCCACCGCGAGACCAUCAAUGGGUCCUGGUAUAUCCAGGAUCUUUGUGAGGUCCUUCGGAAGUUUGGUGAUUCCCUGGAGUUCACAGAGUUGCUUACACUCGUGAACCGGAAAGUGUCGAUGAGAAGCGUUGGGAAUUCAAAUGAUCGGAGCUCCAUUGGAAAGAAACAAGUUCCUUGUUUUGCAUCGAUGCUCACCAAGAAACUGUACUUCCGACCAAAAAAGCAAGUUUGAUCCCGUUUAUGAAUUAAAUAAGCCCUGUUUCACGUUGCAUGUUUGGGAGGGGGUCCCUUAACUUCUUGGCAUAAUUUCAAAAACAUUCUUGCAGGUUUUCACUGGUCCUCAACUGAACAUUUUUUGUUAUCUGAAUAUUGGAUUCACAUUACACACGUAUACAUAUUUAGCAGUGUAAUUGGAUGUUGAAGCAUUUACAAUUUUGUUGGUGUGGACAAAGUGCAGCAUGCCAUAUUUCACACUCCCGCAUGUCGGUACCUCUUUUCAAGACACAGGAUAACUAUUAACUGCAUUCUGAAGUACUUACGCAGAAGCCUCAAAACAUCAAGAUUUUCUGGUUAUAACCUCUUCAGGAUUAAGGAAAUCAGUAGAGCAGGUAGCAGAGAGAUUUGCAGGUGAGAUAUAAUAAUUGAAAAAUAGCAAUGAAAAUUUUGAAGUUAUUUUUUUUCUAAUUUACGUAAGUGCCUCAUCCCCAUCACUGUUUCCUUAAAUAAUAAUCCACACUGUUGAAUAAAUUAUAUUCAUCCCAACAUAAUUUUAUGACCCCGCUCAAGCAUGUUUUUUUUUUGUAUUUUUUAAGCGUUUUAAGCGAAAGAAAAAGGGAAUCCAUGUUUUGUGUUCUGUCCUGUGAUGGAGUUCACAGUAACACAUUUUUAACUAUGCACUUUUGCACCUCGAGCAGGAGCAAACAACUGCAGUAGGGGGAGUACCUCAGGGAGGAGAUGGGUGUGUCUUUUUCAGAGAUUUACACCAAAACACAAUCGGUCGUGCUACGUGAGCCAUGAAUCAAGAAAAUUUUUUUACCAGCAAUACAUUGUAAUGUAUCCUGUUGUCAUUCUACUGUGCUUAGCUAAAUUAUGUGACAUUUUAGGAGCUGUUUUUACCCUCUACCGAGUACCUCUUUUGUGCAUUUUUGUACACGGAAUUUGCAUAGAACAUUUUCCAUCCUGUCAUCUUCAACUCAGGAUCUAUACUGUCCAUAAAACAUUUUGUGAUAAAUGGUGACUCCUUUCAUGAUUUCAAUAGCUUUAUACCAUUGCAUUGGUAACACGGUACAAGAGAGCAGUUAUUUGUAAGCAAAGCUGCCAAUUAAGAAAACGACAAAUCUAUUGCUUUAGUGCAGUAGCACAAAAUGGGGACCAUACGUCAGCCAAAAUUACACUGACAAAAUUUUUAAAUACCUAUUAAAAAAACUUGUUAUUCUGUGUGUUUGAAGCAUCCAAAUGUUUUGGGUUUGUGGGAUUUGCACUAACGGUGAUCAGAACUCUUAAGUGACAAUUUUGUGAUUUUUGUAUUUGCAUAAAGAGAAAAUAUCUGACAAAUCUAACCAGGUACAGAAACACCUGGACUUGAAUCUGAAACUGAAAUCUGAUCACUGAAACAUUCUGCACUGAGCUGCAAUAAACUGUUGA